AAAAAAGCAAAAGGUCAGUGCAUGAUCAUAAAAACAGUAAAUUAUAGAAAAUAAAAGCAUGAGAACAUUAAGGCAUAAAAAUAGUAAAAUAUAGGAAAUAAAAGCAGAAAAAGAAUAAUAACAAUCACUAGUCUACUAGAGUAAGCAAUAAUACUUCAAAGGAACUGUUCAUGGCCAGUUUCAGACAGGAGCAUGACGAUUGCCACACAGAUAGAACGAGACUAGCAGAGAACAUUCAACGGAUGGCGCUAUUGAACUCCUGAAUUUUUCAUUUCCUCUCUCCAUGGUGCUGAUGUCAGUGCACUGCCAGAAGCGAGAUCGCCACUUGAUCUCAAAAAAUGCAUCUACUUCAAAGGACAAAAAAACAGGAAGUAUAAUUGCAUAUAUUAACGUUGUAAUUUUGAACUAAAAUGUAGCCUAACCAUCGUAGAAUUUCAUGUAAAUCGAUCCUGUAGGCUGAGGAAUUUCCAAAAAUAGAAUGAUUACACUAGACGGUAACCUUUUUUCAAUUAACUUGGUUUUGCCAAUUGCGUGUUGUAUUUUUAAAAAAUCCCCAAAUGUGGUCCAGAAGACAGCACACGAGUUAGCAGUAAAUACGUAAUGCCGUCAGAGCUGACAGAAACGCAGCGCCGUCCCCCCUUUCAUUAGUGCUGCUGCACUCUCAACGGAGCAGCAGUUGCGUGCAGUGUCUAGCGUGGCUACUGAUAACCAGACAUAAAUGCUUCACGGUUCAGUGGUAAAACUUGCUUCAUCAUUUCUCGAGUUACCAGUAACAGACUUUUGUAAUUUACAUGUUCUAGUUUCUCAAAGACUACGUAAGCGAGUGGCGCAGAACAGAAGACUGGCGGUGCUGUUUGAAACUCCCGGUCCGGAGGGCGUUUUGAUCAGUCUUCGAACUUGUGGAACAGACUCACACCUAGGCAUCUUCUCUGUGCGUUAUCUAUGCUAUGGGUUAUUAUUCCGUCAAAUUCACAUCACGGCAGGAUACAUUCUACAUAUGCACUUGUUCAUCAUUUGAAGAAUAUGAUUGAUUCAUCAUGGCGUGUUUCCACUUUGCGGUGUGAUACUUUGGAAAGAUGAUAUCCUCCGGUUCGGACUGUACAGUUAUGUCUAGAAGAUGCCUUCUGACAUUCAAACCGUUCAGGAUCUUUGUAGCAGGCAUCGGCUUCUUCAGCCUGUGUUUCUUAAUGACAUCUCUUGGGGGCCAGUUCUCGGCCAAGCGUUCGGGGGACUCUCCCUUCACCGUCCGAGCCGAAGUGCUGGGGGGUCUGGAAUCUCGCGGUGUCCUGAAGAAGAUCAGUGACAUGCUGGAGGUGAUGAUGAGGAGGAUAGACAGCCUCUCCAGACUGGGCAACACCAGCGACUCCCACAGGCUAGACGAGCUAAGCUCCGCCCUGGACAGGUUCCAGCCCAUGGGCCUGGUUGAGCGGAUCCAGGCCAUUGCACAGAAUGUCUCAGACAUCGCUGUGAAGGUUGAACAGAUCCUCCAGAGGAGCCAGACAGCCCGCAAAGGGAGAGACGGCUUGAUGGGCCAGUGUGACAUCCCUAAGGAUCCCCGUUACCCAGACUGCACUAGUAAAGUGGAUUGGAUGCGAGCCCGAUGGACCUCCGACCCUUGUUACAGCUUCUACGGAGUCGACGGCUCAGACUGCUCCUUCCUCAUUUACCUGAGCGAGGUCGAGUGGUUCUGCCCCCCGCUGGCGUGGAGGAACCAUAGCAGCAGCACGCCCACUGUUCAUCCGACACCACUAAGUGUACCAGCAAAGCUGCGCUCAGACCUGGGGCCGCUCCUGGAGCAGGUGGGAACGGGCAAGGAGUCGCUCAGCUUCAUGAGGAGCCGCAUGCGCAGGCUGGCCGUGCAGUGGGCCACCGCGGCGCGACGUCUGGACGGACGUCCGCACAGCCAGACGAGAGAACAGAAGAGGGUGAGUGGGUAUCCAUCCGCCUGCUCGAGCGUUCUACUGAGUUUCCGUCACUGACUCACUCUGGAGGUGAAUGGAGAUCGUCAUGGAGACCGUCUGAAAGACGCUAGCAUGUGCUAGCCACAACCAAUUGGACUCCUUUCACCAGUAGGAAAACAUGACAAACACUUAGUAUUGUAUUAUUAUAGUUAGUUUUUAAUAUGUUGGCACUCUGAGAUUCUUUUGAACGAAGAGUGCAUUACAAAUAAAAUAAAUUAUUAUUAAUUAUUAUUACUUACAGACAUAU